UUUUUAUUUAUCCGAACAGAUUUGAACGCUUUUAAUCUUUCACGACGCCCUACGUGCGCCGCCUGGGUCGUUAUCUAAACUCACUUGAGUGUGUCAUCGCUGUCACACCGGUGCUUUUGUUAGUUUUGAAAUUAUUCCGUUGGGGCUGCACUGGAAAGCGGUGUCUGCAUGCUGUGUGUCGGUGGCCAGCUGUGGAACCUGCUGCAGGCAGACUGGACUCUGUCGGAGUGAAGAUCGAGACUCCCAAGCCUCUAACAGAGAGACCCUGAACCCCAGUCCCUCUCUGGACCCCCUGCUGCAGACAGACAGACAGAGAGAGAGAGAUGAUGGCGAAGGAACAGCCCAGCUUAGUGGAUCUCCUCCAUCUCCUGGAAUCCUCAGACCUGCACGAACUGGAUGAAAUCAAGGAGAUUCUCAAUAACAACCUCAGCCAAGACAGAGGGUCCCUCCUCCUGAACAGUCUGGUGGAUUAUUACCUGGAAAGCAGCUCCGCUCAGGCUCUGCACAUCCUGUCCUCUGUGAGGGAGCCCCAUGAUAAGCACCUUUUUGACAAAAUGAACGAAUGCAUGGCGAAGCCAGCCUGCCGCUUGGCCACUCUCACACUGCUGGGUCACGUCAUCAGAAAGCAACCGUCCUGGAUCCACAAGAUCUCCCGGAGCCCUGUGCUGCCGUCGCUGCUCAAAUGUCUCAAGACCGAUGGCGACGCUGUGGUUCUCAUAACUGGAGUCCUGGUGCUAAUUACCCUCCUGCCCAUGAUCCCUCAGGCUGGCAAACAGCACCUCUACGAGUUCUUCGAUAUCUUUGGACGCCUGGCAGCCUGGAACAUGAAAAACCCAGGGCACAUCCCGGAGGUGUACCUGAUCCACCUGCAUGCCAGCGUGUACGCGCUCUUCCACCGUCUCUACGGCAUGUACCCCUGUAACUUCGUCUCCUACCUGCGCUCGCACUACAGCAUGAAGGAGAACAUGGAGACCUUCGAGGAGGUGGUCAAGCCCAUGCUGGAGCAUGUUCGUAUACACCCCGAGUUAGUGACUGGGACCAAGGAUCACGAACUGGACCCAACUAGGUGGAAAAGGUUUGAAAUCCACGACAUUGUUAUCGAAUGUGCCAAAGUGUCCCUCGACCCCAAGGAGGCCUCCUGCGAGGAAGGCUACUCCACCAUGCCGGAGCAUUUCUCUACGCACGUCCAGCACCGGCAGGCGGACCCCACUGCCAGCCCUUUCACUGACCUCCAAAGCAGUUUCGGGAGUUCCUCCUCGACCCCCUUCUCCACCCCUCUGCUGGCCUUGUCUCAGCUCUCAGGGACCCAGCCCCCGUACCGCAGCCCCCAGACGUCCCGCCGCCUGCCUGAACCCAGCCAGGAACUCUUCUGGAGCCCCUCCUCUGUGUGCGGGAUGGCUACACCGCCCUCCUCCCGGGGGAUCUCUCCCACCAGCACCCCCUCGGAGCUGUCCCACAGCGCCUCCCACCUGCCCGGCCGAGUACAAAGCACCCUGGCCGGAGGCAAAGGCACCCCUUCUUGUAACACACCAGCCACCUCCUCUCCCCCGCCUCUCAUUUCAGACGAGUUUGAGCACAUCUCCCUUCCCCCACGAGCCGCCUCUCCAACACGCAAGAAUGGAAAGGCAGAUUCCUGGAAGCCUGGCCUGACGAGACAGGAGAACAUCAGAGACUCGGAGAAAGGGACCUCGGACGAAGCCAAUAACCUAGGUGGGGAGAGCGAGAACUUAAAGACUGUGACUCUAAAUGAGCUGCCGGAGUUCAUCAAGGAGCUGGAGCUGGAGCAGGACCAGCGGAAACUGGAGGAGCGGGAGGAAGAUGCCUUCACGGAGGAGCUGUACGAGAUCACAGCAGCCAAGCGAGAGUCCCCGACUCUCAGGGGCGGCUUCGACUCUCCCUUCUAUCGCACGACGGAGACCCUGACCGGCAACCAGAAGAAGCCUGUGGCUCACCCAGCCCCGAUGGCAGCGUCGAGCUGCGGGCAGAACACCAACUCCACCCCGGACAAGCAGGCAGGGCAGCCAGUGGGGGGCCAGGAGCCCUGCUUCUUCAAGCCGGUCUUUACCCCCAUCGAGGGGCCCCUCCAAGAACCCUUCCGCAGCCACUCCCCCCCAGCUGCGGAUGAGGGCAACAACCAGGGCAAGUACAGCCUGUUCACCCCCAGCCCCUGCAAGGCACAAGCAGCCCCCUACGAGCCCCUGUUCGACCUGGCGCUGCCCAAGGCCGCCGCGCUGUUUGUGGGCAGGAGGACGGCGGAGGCGGUGCGGAGGGCUGGGGCGGAGCGUCUGGUGGAGGAGGAGGAGGAGGAGGAGGGGGAGGCAUCGACCUCCCCUCUGGAGGUGCUGGACCGUCUCAUCCAGCAGGGCAGCGACAUGCACGUCAAGGAGCUCAAGAGGUUACCUUUGCCAAGCAAGUCAGCUGACUGGACUCACUUCGGAGGCACCGCCCCGGUGGAUGAGCUGCAUACCCUGCGCAGUCAGCUGCUCCUCCUGCACACUCAGCUACUGUACGAGCGCUACAAGAGAGAGCAGCACGCGACCCGCAAUCGCCGGCUGCUGCGCCGCAUCAUCAACGCCACUGCGCUGGAGGAGCAGAACGCAGCCAUGAAGGACCAGCUGAGCCUGCAGGAGGUGGAUAUGCAGUCUCUGAAGGACAGCCUGCAGGAUGAGCAGCUCCGGUACCAGCAGCAGAGGGAGGAGCAUGAGAUGAUGGUUUCCCGGCUGCACAGCCAGACCAAGCAGCUGCAGCAGGGUCGUGACGAGUACUACGCCAAGAGCCAGGAGCUGCAGAGUAAAUUGGUGGAGUGCCAGAAAGAGAUGGGGAUGCUGAGGGCAGAAUUACAGAAAGCCAACAAAAAAGUGUGCAACAAAGGACACCUGCUGAACCUGCUCUCACAGAAGCUGACCAGCAGCGAGACGGUCCAGCAGCAGCUCGAGUUCCUGAACAAACGGCUCCUCCUCCUGGGAGAGGCCAACGAGCUUUAUGCGGAGGAGCUGCGGCACUCGAACCCGGACAACACAAAGGAGGUGGAGAUGAUGCAGGCGUCCCACAAGAAGGAGCUGGACAAGAUGAAACAGAGCGCGGUGCAGCAGAGCCAGCGGCUGGAGGCGGCGCAGAAGCGCAUUGCGGAGCUUGAGUCCCAUCUUGCCAAGAAGGAGCACCUCUUACUGGAGCAGAAGAAGUACCUGGAGGACGUCAAGACCCAGGCCAAGGGCCAGCUGCAGGCGGCGCAGAGCAGGUACCAAGCUCAGAGGCAGAUCACCCAGGUGCUGGAGAAGGAGAUGCUGGAGCUGUACAGCUGGCUGGAGAGGGAGGGAGUGCCACAGAAACCAGGAGCAGCGUCCUGCAGUACAGGGGCAGGAGGGGGAGAGACCGAGGCCUGCAUGCCCACUGACUCCAGGACAGACGGCAGUGCUGCAGUGUCGAUGAAACCAGGGGUCCCUGACGGUACAGCCAGCGGUCAAGCUAAUUCACCGAAGGCCAGCAGCAGCACUUUAUCGCACGGACAGCAGCAGCAGCUGCCGCAAGCUUCGUUGACGGCAGGCAGCGGUGGCGGCUCUGUGAACGGCAGCCGGCAUCCACCCAUCGUCCUGGAGCCUUCCCCCUCCCACUCCUCCUCGUCCUCCUCCGUUGGCGACAUCCCGAUCACCGUGGGCUCCUACCCCAGCGCCAAGAGCUUCCUAGGCAUGCGGGCCCGCGAGCUGUUCAGGAAUAAGAGCGAGAGCCAGUGCGACGACGACGAUGGCCCGCGCCUGGCCAGCCUCGCCCAGUCGCUGAAGACUGACCAGUGCGUGGAGCCGUCAGCAGCAGAGGGAGUGGGCCAGGGCCAGGAUCAGGGGAGGGGGCUCCCAGCCAAGGAAGAGCAGACUGCCGGACAGCAGAGAGCGCAUCACCGGGAGCGGCAGAGGCAACAGCAGCUGCGGAUCAUGGACUACAAUGAGGCACAUCAUGAGCACAGUUAGAGCUCUGAGAGCGAGCUGGAGAGAGAAAGAGGGGACUCCAGUGUUAUUAUUCUCAUUCCCUGAAUGGACAGCAGGAUUUGACCCUUAAUGCAUCCCUGACCCCCAUUGCACUCAUCCCCACCCUAUCCCUCUUCAUUAUCGCAGCUGAGUAAGAGUAAAAUGCAGCCAGAAGCGGUUGGGUUGGGUUGGGUUGGGUUUGUUAGGUUGCUGUUUCGAGGUGGCUACCGGUCUAGCAUCAGUGACAUGGAAGGGUGUGGGGCGAAGAGUUAAUGGUUAAUAAUAAAAAAGAAAAGAUUUUAUAUUGUAUAGCGCUUCACUGCGUUUACCAUCAAAAGUGCUUCUCAAAAAUUCAAAAAUAAAAUAAAAACUUACCCCCCCCCACCCCCCUGCUUUGGCUAACCAAAAAUAAAUACAAAAACAAUACACAAAAAAAUACAAAAAAAAAAAAAAAAAACCAACAAAAAAAACAAAGUAUAAACUAUAAGAUGAACCCCAGUUAGACUGGGACUCGUCUGGAACGGAUCGGACUGGGGAUCUGAGCAGCAGGCUUGUUGGGUCUCUUAGUGACACAGGAGACUACAGAUUUUGGGGAUAGCGCCGUGCUGUGUCCACAGGGUGGACUCCUGUUCAGUUCAGGCACUGCUGCUGUUGUACAGUGAAGUAUAGGAGUCGGCUCUGGUUGGGCUGCAUUUGUUUUGUGUUGGAAUCGUGCAUAUCUGCACAGCGCCCCCUGGUGGUGCGGUGCUCAAGUGAAGUAUCAAUAAUAAAUCAAAGCUCUAGAAAGAAAACACAACAGAUGUCAGUCUUUCUAUUUUAUUCGGUUUUUUUCCUUCUUUAUUUGGACUAACUCCCUUUCCCAGUCUAUUAGACUUCUCUUAAAGAGGUGUUUUCGAAUGUAAAAACGAAUCUAACCCUGCUGAAGCGGUGUACGAGUGAGCACAUGCCCGUACAGUAUUUUUUCAUUGGAGCCACUGUGAUUCGGUUGCCAAAGUGAUACCUGCAGCAUAAGCUUCUGCCUGGAGCAAAACAUGCCCAGGUCUGAUUUUUGAAGUUCUCGAUUAAAGUGCCAAGUAUUCUUCAAGAUGCUAGAAGUAUAACGUGUGAAUGGUUUUUGGAAGGUAAAUAAGUGUCUAAUAAUUAAGAAUGCUAGUAAUCAGCAGAAUAAGCUCAAUCCUAACGUGUGGUAUUACUAACUUUCACUAGGUUGAUAUAUUAUUUUUUUCUUGCCUUAGGUUAACGAUAAUAUAGAUGAUCCCAUUUAAUUCAUUUCAAACCCUCCUGGCUUCAUGCUGGGCUGUGCUUGUGCUCAGUUAGGCAGGGCGCAGGUAGGUGAAGUGGCCCACUGGCUCUGCUCCCCCACCUACCUUUGAAGCUAAUGCCAUUCCUGCUUCGCCCCAGUCCUUACAUUGAUGCACAGUCACUUUAGACGGGGAGUCUGUAUUAACACAGAGUGCAUUCUGUCAAUAAGGACAGGUUUGAAAUACGAUUCCCAUAGCAGAUUGUCCCGUUCCAGAGUUUACAGCUCAGAGCUCAAUUGGUACUGGCGCUUAUGACUGCUGUGACUAAUCCAAUCGUAAGAGACAGAAUUACACUGCAGCGCAAUGGGGUGAGGGAGAGGCGCAGGGGAAGUAUAAUAUACUAUAGAAAUAAAACACGCAGAAACAUGUGCCUCUCUUGGCUUUAUUAUUUUUUUAUUCUAUGGCUUUGAGAUCCACUCGGGGCAGAUGCAGUGCCGGUGGUCUGAAGGACAUGGAAACUCAUUUUAGUUGACUUAAUUUGCUUUAAAAUUGUGCUCAGUCUUUCUCAAGCAAUCUGUAUAAAAUGUUCUAUAUUAAAUAUGUUUACGUUGAACUAGCUUCUCUAAACGGGCAGAUAAGAGAAUUGAAAUCGUGCUGGUAAAAAAUUGCAGCGCUUUUAAGACAAAUUAAGGGCUAAAACUUUUUUUUUUUGCACACAUAUACAGCUAUGGCCAAAUGUUUUGCAUCACCCUAUAGAAUUAACUAACUUUGCUUCAUAAAGGCGAAUGAAACCUGCUGAAUAAUGUUACUUUAACAUUUUGAAUUACAUACCGCUUUGUAGUUUUCCAUAGACAUAAAGAGAAACUGGCAAAAAUCUCACAUGAAAUACUGUACUACUAUCAUGGCUUCCGGUAGACUCUUACGAUAACAUUUUGUAGUUUCUUUGGUUACAUGAUGUUAAAUAAAAAAUCUAAAUUAUGUUCAUAAAGUGUCUCAGUCCUAAAAUUCUAGGUGAUGCCAAACUUUUGGCCAUAGCUGUACAUACAUACAUAUACAUGCAUGCAUACAUAUAUACAUACGUGCAUACAUACAUACAAUAAUCAGUUUGCGUUCAACCUCUAAACCUCUGUUGUGGUGAUGUAAUAAUCAAACAUUACGAAAUGCAUUAUCGCACUUCUCUCUAGAGGGUUCAGCGUAAAGCACCCAGUGUUAUUUAGACAAUCCAGCUAAGGCACUGGGUUUAAAAUCCCUUAACAAGGCUUUAUUCCAUUGUGGUCUCGAUGUACAGCGCUCGCGUUUUGAUUGAAGGAGCGCGUUUCAGUUGUGCCACACCAGCAAUGCCACAGAACCUCCUGUUCACUUAUAAGUGUGACUGUUGCCCUCCCACAUGCACGGCACAGUGCCCCCAUCAAGCACUGCUCUUCGUCCAGGCAAAAUCCAGAAGUAUUGCUUUGAGCCAACGUUACUGAAAUCUGUGUACAAGUGCCAAGCUUAAUGCAAUAGGAUUCAUCGUUACCCAGUAGUAUCUGAUGACACAGAUACGCUGGUUUGAAGAUGCGAAACAAGCAUCCUUGUUUGUUUUUGGUUUUAAUGAAAUGCGAUUGAAUGGCGUUAACCCACCUCUGAUUCUAACCUCCUCUUGCUGCAAUGGCAGCUUCACGUGUAUGCUGCAGUUACUCCGCCCCUGACCCAGGGCAUGUCGCACUACCCUGUGGUGCUCGAACAUGUCCUUCCUAAUCCAAAGCAGGCAUAUUCGGCUGGUCCCUGUUUUGAAGGAGCUUGGUGAAUGUUAUGCCCAACUUCAGACUUCUCCAAUAGGGAAAUCUGGGCAUAGGAAAACCAGACUAUUGAAGGGAAAUGGUCUCUUUUUAAAUACCCCCCUUUUAACACUACCCCCCCCCCCCCCCCCCCCCAUUUAAAACCACCAUACGGUGUGUUUGACUUUGCUCUGCUUCCCAGUUACUUGACCUAAUGUCUGGGGUUUUUUUUUUUACGUUGGCUAAAAUCAACAGUCUCACAGUCAAACGCCCAGGUGGUAGGGUGACUGAUCCACACAGCGUCGUCCAGUUGAGAUUUAUUUGGAACUAAGCGGUUCUGUGUUUGCGAUUGCCUGUUCUCUCCUGGUUACAGGAUGCUAACCACCCCCCCCCCCCCCCCCUUUCCGUCCCCUUAGAAACUUGAAAUAAAAGCGAGACAGCUAGCUGUCAAUGGUUCAAACAAUGCCAUUAUCUUUCAGAAGUGGUUAUUAUACAUUAUAUCGUACUGUAGGUGAUCACAAGCUGUUUUGAAAGGGUUAUGAUUCUGUGGGAUAGAUUCUGAAAACCUGGCAGCAGGUCAGCGUGCACAAAGUCUACAUAUAAUACAAAUCCUGUUGUCCGCUUGGGGUUUAAGACUUUGCCUUGCUAUCAUAAGCAUGUACAACAAUCCACUUCAAAUGCAAAUAACAUUUACAGACUUGCAAAGAGAACCAAUCUGAUACAAUCGGAGUGAAAGAAAGUUCCAUCUCCUUUUUCAGUAGAAUGUUCUGAACAAACAAACCAUUCUAAAUGUAAAAGAAAAAAGCAGUUGCUUGUGUUUAACUGUGAACAAAAAAUAAAAAAUCAUCUUCAAUGUUUUGCA